CUGUAGGCAGUUCCGGUUUCCGGCCGCGGGAAAGGGGCGGGGCUGGGACUGUGGUGAGAGAUUUUGGUGGUUGCGGCCCUGUGUGCGUGGAUUGUGAGGAACUCGGAAACAAGCUCACAUCUCUGUUGGAAACCUGGUAACCACAGGAUGAGUCUGCAGUGGACUGCAGUUGCCACCUUCCUCUAUGCAGAGGUCUUUGCUGUGUUGCUUCUCUGCAUUCCCUUCAUUUCUCCCAAAAGAUGGCAGAAGAUUUUCAAGUCUCGUUUGGUGGAGUUAGUAGUGACCUAUGGCAACACCUUCUUCGUAGUUCUCAUUGUCAUCCUUGUGCUGCUGGUUAUUGAUGCCGUACGUGAAAUUCGGAAGUAUGAUGAUGUGACAGAAAAGGUGAACCUCCAGAACAAUCCUGGGGCCAUGGAACAUUUCCACAUGAAGCUUUUCCGUGCCCAGAGGAAUCUCUACAUUGCUGGCUUUUCGUUGCUGCUGUCCUUCCUGCUUAGGCGCUUGGUGACACUCAUCUCCCAGCAGGCCACACUGCUGGCCUCUAAUGAAGCCUUUAAAAAACAGGCAGAGAGUGCAAGUGAGGCAGCAAAGAAGUAUAUGGAAGAAAAUGACCAGCUCAAGAAGGGAGCUGCUAUGGAUGUAGGCAAGUUGGAUCUUGAGGAUGCUGAGGCAAAGCUAAAGGAAGAAAACAAGAACCUGAAGGCUGACCUGAAGAAGCUAAAGGAUGAGUUGGCCAGCACCAAGCAAAAACUAGAGAAAGCUGAAAAUGAGGCUCUGGCCAUGCGCAAACAGUCUGAGGGCCUUACCAAGGAGUAUGACCGCCUGCUGGAGGAGCAUGCCAAGCUGCAGGCCUCAGUAGAUGGUCCCACGGAUAAGAAGGAGGAGUGAGGGCCUGCCUCCUUCUCUGCCUGCAGCUGGCUUCCACCUGGCCUGUGUGCUGCUUCCUGGGAGCCCAGCCUCUCCUCUGGUACUUCGGUUCUCUCCCUCUGCUUGCCUCAUUGCCUUCCACAACCAAUAGCUCAUUUAGGCCCCUUUCACCUUGCCAGCAUACCACAGGGGCCUUGAUUGUCGCUCAUUCAAGAUUGAGUUUCGUGUUGUCCUGCCCUGCUGGGCUGUUUCCACUCUUAGGAGUGUAGAGGGCACUUGUGUCUAGCCCAAGUUGAGCCCCUUUUGUUUUGCUAUGUUUGUGUGCUCUGUAGUCCUGUAGGAGUUCUGUGAAGCAGGCCAUCUAGUUCUCCUGAGGCAAUAAAGGUUAUUAUCAUG